AGUUGGGUGUAUUUCCUAAUCAAGUUUAACACUGCUGGUUUAUUACAUGUGCAAGUAAGAAUUGGUUUGUCCAUGGUUUAUUUUGCAAUGUCUUAUCCAAUGGGGAAGCAACUAAUGCGAACGGCCUAAAGUCACCAUUAAACUUGAACCAUCAAGCCCCAAAUGUCAAAAACGAGUGAAGUGACUCUGUUCCUUCACAUCCAAAUCCAUCUUUAACAGUCUACAAUUAUCUCUUGUCUACUUCAUGUCUUAAAGAGGCGAAGUCUCUGCGUUUAUUCUCUUGAAGGAAACCCAGAUUCUCCUUCAAUGGAAACUAAGUUAUUUUACUUUCUCUUUCUAAUUUUCCUCUUUUUCCUUGGUUUAUCUUCCUCCUUUACUCCCACAGAUAAUUACCUUAUCAACUGUGGCUCAUCCACCAACACGUCUCUCUAUAACCGAAUUUUUGUCGCGGAUUCUUCCAACCCCUCUUUUCUCUUACCAAGAAGGUCUAUUUCACUGGCUGACCGGAACCCAUCGCCAAAUUUGCCCGCUUUGUACCAUACAGCGAGAGCUUUCACCUCUGCUUCCAGCUACAAGUUCAACAUCAAGAGGAAUGGGACUCAUUUGGUACGUUUCCAUUUCUCGCCAUUCGCAGAUCAAAGUUUUAAUUUAUCAACUGCAACGUUUAGCGUUUUUGUUAACGAUAAUAUGGUGUUGAGUGAUUUUAGUACCCAAGUUCUUGUUCUUAAAGAGUAUAUAAUGAGAAUAGAUGAUGCAGUGCUUGAAAUUUUGUUUAGUCCUGUUGGUGGUUUUGGAUUUGUUAAUGCAAUUGAAGUGUUUUCGGCUCCAAAGGAUUUUAUUAUUGAUUAUGGAGUUCGGCUGGUUAGUGCUAAUACAAUUGAUGAGUACAAGAAUCUUUCUUCGGAUGUCUUAGAGACACUUCACAGAAUUAAUGUUGGAGGUUUAAAAUUGACUCCUUUUAAUGAUACUUUAUGGAGGUCGUGGAUACCUGAUGAUGAUUUUCUUGUUUUAAAAUCUGCUGCUAAACGUGCAGUUACUACUCGUACUCCUAAUUAUCAGAGCGGGGGUGCCAGUCCAGAGAUUGCACCUGAUAAUGUGUAUAUGACUGCACAGCAGAUGAAUAGGGAUAAUACAACCUUGUUAGGGGCAGCAUUCAACAUUACAUGGAAACUUCCAGUUGGUUCGGGUGGUGUUAAACACUUGGUUCGAUUGCAUUUUUGUGAUAUCGUCAGUACUUCACUUAACCAAUUGUACUUUGAUGUAUACUUGAAUGGCUACUCUGCUUAUAAGGAUCUUGAUUUGUCUUCUCUCACGUUCCAUAUGCUUUCAUCUCCGGUCUUCAUAGACUUCAUUGCAGAUUCUGAUGAUUCUGGGGCUAUGCAUAUAAGCGUUGGACCCUCAGCUGUAAGCACUUCUAUGAAAGUCAAUGCUAUUUUGAAUGGGAUAGAGAUUAUGAAGAUGAUAAAUGUUCCUGGUUUACAGAGUGGAUCCAAGAAAAGACAUAUUUGGAUUGUGUUGUUGGGUUCAAUUCUUGGAGGCCUUGUUUUAUUGACUCUGGCUGUUCUUGCAGUCAUUUUUGUAUGUAAACGCAAGAAGCAGAAGAAACCAAUGGCAAGCAGGACAGAGAGUGCAGGUUGGACACCUUUGCGCAUAUAUGGAGGCAGUUCUCACAGUAGACUGUCUGAAGUGACAGUUAAUGCAUCUCCUGGCGCAAAUGGGUAUCACAGUUUGAGGUUCCCUUUUGCUGAUAUAAGAUUGGCCACUAACAAUUUUGAUGAGAUUCUAAUUAUUGGUUCAGGUGGAUUUGGUAUGGUUUACAAAGGGGUUCUCAGAGACAACACAACGGUUGCUGUAAAGAGGGGUGUGCCAGGAUCUAGGCAGGGACUUCCAGAAUUCCAGACAGAAAUAACAGUUUUAUCCAGGAUCCGUCACCGUCACCUUGUUUCGCUCAUUGGUUACUGCGAAGAGAACUCAGAAAUGAUAUUGGUUUAUGAGUACAUGGAACGGGGGCCACUGAAGAAUCAUUUAUAUGGUUCAGGAUAUCAACCUUUGUCAUGGAAGCAAAGGCUUGAAAUAUGCAUUGGUGCUGCAAGAGGUCUCCACUAUCUACAUACAGGUUCAACACAAGGCAUCAUCCAUCGUGAUAUUAAGUCUACAAAUAUUUUGCUUGAUCAAAAUUAUGUGGCCAAGGUAGCUGACUUUGGACUUUCAAGAUCUGGCCCAUGUCUCAAUGAGACUCAUGUGAGUACUGGUGUCAAAGGCAGUUUUGGUUAUCUUGACCCAGAAUAUUUCCGGAGACAGCAGCUGACAGAUAAAUCAGAUGUUUAUUCAUUUGGAGUUGUGCUUCUUGAGGUUCUUUGUGCUAGACCCGCUGUGGACCCAUUGCUUGCGAGGGAACAGGUAAAUUUAGCUGAAUGGGCAAUGCAGUGGCAGAAAAAGGGCAUGCUUGAGAAAAUUAUUGAUCCCAAUCUUGUUGGACAGAUAAAUCGAAGCUCUCUAAAGAAAUAUGGAGAAACAGCAGAGAAAUGUUUGGCUGACUACGGUGUUGAUAGGCCAACUAUGGGUGAUGUGCUAUGGAAUUUGGAAUAUGCACUUCAGCUUCAGGAUUCUGGACGAUCAGGAGAACCUCGUGAGGCUGGCAAUAUAAAUGCUCAGGAGCUCUUAAAACCAUCAAUGGUUCUUCAAGGUUCAUCAAGCAGAGACAACGGUGAUGCUAAUUCAGACAUAACAACCAGCGAUGUUUUUUCCCAGUUGAUGACCAAUGAAGGCAGAUAGUAUUAUAAAAUAACAGAGACAGCGGAAAUACUCUUGAAGGCACAUUACAUGUUACUCCCAGAAAAUUUCAAUUUGAAAUUACUUGGAGGAUUCUGAUAUGCUGAAAUGAUAAUGAUAAGUAGUCCAAAACCUCAACCAUUACGGUCGUGGUUGUGCACCGCAUUACAUUCAAUAUCCAGCAACUUCUUAUGGAUCAUUCACCUUCAAAUUAUUAGUUGAUGCGUCAAGUAAUUACGUUCUUCAAACUUAUGGCCAUCAGCAUAAGCCAUUGCAGCCUCAUGGCUCAUCCAACCUUGUGUGGGGAUGCAAAAGGAAAUGAGCAGUGAGGGCACUUUUGAAUUUUUUUUUUUUUUUUUUCUUUUUCACGAGUUUUCCAAGAUUUGAUUGGUGUCCAAAUUGAUUGUUCUUGUUUUUACAUAUAUAAGGCGUAGAUAAAUCAUUUUUAAUGCGUUAAAAAUGUCACAUGAUUUAAAAAUCAUAGAUAGCUCGACCCAUUCACAUUAUUGUACUUUUCUUUUCCUGUGUGUGUAUAUAUAUAAAUAUUGCAUUAUUUA